GGGAGCGGGCGGGUGGGGAAGGAGCCGCGGCGGGGUCGCCGCAGGCAGAGAGGGUCGGCGGUGUUGUCCCGGGGUCGCUUGGCGAGGUUCCCAGCUCGAAGUGCCCCGUGCUCCGAGAGCAGACCCGGUGCGGGGCGCUCAGAGCCCGGGGAGGAAGAGGGCGGCCGAGGGGCGCCGCCGCGGUGUGUUCCUGUGGGCGCUGAGGGGUGCGCGGGGCGGGAACGCCGCGGGGCUGGGGCUCCGGGACUGGAGCGAGCCCGCUGCGGGAGGCGCUCGCCGUGAAUGACUGAAAAAUAAAUAAAUAAAAAGGUUUGUCAGAGGGUAAACAAAAGCAGGAGGGAGAGGCAGGGACGGAGGGGGCAGGACGAAGGGACCCAUCAUCUGCAACAAGGGAAACCCUCCUCAGGCAGGGAGAGAGCCUCGGGCUGGAAAGCCACAAGUUGCCUGGGCAUUUGUUUCCUCUGCAUUUCACAGGAAUAUCCUCACUUUAUUUAUUUGUUUGUUUGUUUGUUUAUCUAUAUAUUUAUCUAUCUAUUUGUUUAUUCUAUGUGUGCCAUUAAAGACGUAAACCUGACUAAUUAGGAACGCUGCUUGAUCUUUUCAGUCAUGCACUCUUGGUUAAGAAAAAAUAAAUAAAUAAAGUUUUCUUAAUUAUAUACUUCAUGAAACAUUUUGAGCUCCUUUCCAUUGGCUCUCGGAGGUCAGGUCUGCACUGGUGACUGGGUUGCUCAGAGGACUGUCUCCACAAGUACACAGCUCAUUUUUCUGAGCAUGGAAAACACAUGUACGCAAACAUUUUUAUCUGUAUCACAAAAUGAAACCGAAUACUACUUACAUCCAAAGCGUGAUAAAACAGAAAGUAAUCAAAAAAACAUAGAGGAAGAGGAGCAGCAAAAGUUAGAACAAAGCAUCUGCUGUGUUAACAGGUAUCAGACACCACCAAAUGAGCCUGUAUAUUUAUCAGAAAGACAAAACAGCUGGGCAAUGGAAAAGGAAAGUUGUGAUAGAGCAAGAAAAACUUGUGUGAGAGAAUUUUCCCAUUUUCAAACUUGUAAUAGUACAAGAUUACCAUGUAGAGUAUUAGAAAAUAAACUGUCCACCAAAAGACAGAGUCCUGAAAAUGAAGGUGAAAAUAUUGUACAAGAUGGCAUUUCUUUGAAUGUGUAUGGGCAGCCUCUUGAAACAGAGUUUUGCAAUGUGUGGAGUGCUACUAACACAUGCAAAAAUCUACAGGUACUAAAUCCCAUCCAAGUGCUUCAGGACAACAAUAUAGAACAAAAUAAAUUAAAAGAUGAUAACGAACUUAAACAAAAUUGUUCAGUUACACCUUUAAACAGAGAUUUAUUUCAGAUGGAAAUGUUAAGUCAUAGGUCUGUCUCUGAUAAAAGGUGGAGACAAUAUCAACUUCUGCAAGUUCCAUUUUUAUGUGGUACCAGUUCUAUGCUUUCACAGAUAGAACACGAGAAAAAUAUUUUUUUGGAAAAAGUAUGCAGUACAGAAAACAAAGAUUAUUACAAUAAUGGUCAUCAAACUACUACAGAAAGAGAUAAUAAAGAAAAAUACAAUUCUUAUAUAAUUCCAACAUCAAAACCUUUUAAAAGUAUAGAGCCACUGGAAAUUCCCAAUUUUUUAAUGAAAGAAAACACAUUCCAUUUUCCUAGUAUUUCAAAUAAAAUAAAGAAUAAAAUGCCAUCAACUAAAUUGAAGGAGAUGGAUGGGAAGACUCCUAAAGACCAACCAUCUUUGUUGCUAUCUACACAAAUAUGUGGUGUGCAAAAAAUAUCUGAGAUAGGGAACCAAAAUCUGCAAAAUGAUAAAAACAUUGUAAAAGCAUCGUCUGGUGGUUCUGAAUGUAAAGAAAAGAAUUACCAGUCGGUUAGCAAACAAGAGUACAGUGCUUGGGCAGAAGAAGACAAAGUGUCUGCAACUUAUUUCAGACAUAUCAACACAGAUAUUGAAUGUAAUCUAAUAUUUGCUGAAAGUGAUUUUAAAGAUAAGAUGCUGGAGAAAUCAGAUGGUGAAGAUGACCAGAAGUCAAGGAUCCACAUUUACAUUAGUGCUAAAAAAGUUCAGAACGAGAAAGUUAGCAGCAGUAUGGAUAUUUUGAAGGGAUUGGGGAGGAAGAACAGUCAUAACAGGAUAACAUUUAAUAUACAGAAAAGCAUUCUAGCAGCAACAGAAGCAUUAGAGAAAAAUAAGUUAGACAUUCACUAUGGUCUGCGUAAUUCCAAUGCUGAUAUUAGGUUGUAUGAAACAGCAUUAAAACUAUCUACGGAAGAUACACUUGAUUUCAAAAGAUAUUUAACUAAAAACAUUGUAUUUGAAAGUAAUUGUACUCCCAUCGUUGUGCAGAAUUUUCCAGAUAAAAAAGUGAGUUUCAAUAUAGUGAGGGGAAAGAAAUGGUUUAAAUUAAGGCUUUCAUUUCAAAACUUGUUAUUUGGAGCAUUCAGGACAUGGACUGAAUCUUUACAUAAAGAUAUGCCCAAGUGUCAGGCUGAUAGUAUUCUACAUUGCUUUCAUUUCUGUAAAACAUUAAACGACCAGUGUUAUACUCAAGAGUUAGUAAAGAGCAAUAUCAGUAGGAGCCACAACAAUAAAACAUGCAUUUAUUUGCUGGCAAUUGUUUCAAAGCAUCUGAAGCUGAAACUACAAAAGACAAUUCUUGCUUCCUUUUUCAAUAAGAAGAAAGCUUUAUUACCAACUGAAGGGAAGUUCAUGCGAGUGGAGAAACAUCCUUCAUGUGGCAGAAAGCAAGUGCAGUUAAGUUCAUGCACAGAUAGUAAUCUGAGGCAAAACGCAGACUUUUAUAAAAAAUAUGAAACUUAUCCAGGCAUUGUAAAAUCUAAAUUUGUGAAUACCAUUAGUUUUGAAUUGCAUAAUGAAUGCCAGAGAAGACAUUUUUCUAGAACUUCAGGUGAUGAAAAGUCCACUUUCCUAAACAGAGGGACCAUCUUUCAUAACCAAAAAAGGGGAUUACCUAGAGGAAGAUGUAUCAGAAAGGACCACCUCUUGUCCAGAGGGAGCGAAAGAUUUCUCAGCACCUAUUUGAAGUCUGUAAGUCACAAAAAGGAUAUGAAAAAGCAAAUUUUAAUUUCUAAAUGCCUUAUUUUGCUGCAGGGCAAUUGUGAUUGUUCUUCACUAGAGGAGAUAUUUUGCUCCAAAGUCACAAAAAUACAGUAUCUGAUAAGAGCAAAUCUUAGAUUUUUGACUUACCUUCCUGCUUAUUCACAACUUAAAUUUGAAAAGGUAAAUUAUAAAUGUUCAAAUCAGGUAAUAUUAGUAACUACAAUAAAACAGGCAAAGAACAUAUUGAAGAAAAUGUUCAACAGCUGCUUUCAUAGAGAAAGACUUAUAGCUUUACCUUGUGUUUUAAAUGAUAAUAAAAAACAUGAAACAACUGGAUUUAGAAAUUGUAUAAAGUCUACAAAUGAAGUUAUAUAUAAGAGGAAGAAAUACUUGGGUACUUUUAGUUAUGUAAAAGCUGAUAACCAGGAAUAUUUUAAAUCCAAAAAGUUACAAAUAAGUUUGCAUAAUUUCAUUUCUAAAGAAACUCUUUCAAUUUUUGACACAUACAAAAAAAUUCCCCUUAAUAAUGAUUCUGAAGACUUUGACCAGCUCCUGCUUGUAAAUCAAUAUAAUUCUGUCAAAAAAAUGACUACUGAGGAAAACACUAUCAGUAGUUCAGAAAACAUUGAUAAUUUGUCUGAUAAAUCAAAAGAUGUUUUAGCUUUACCUGAGCAGUCAAAAACAACUAUGGAAAAAUGUUGUUCUCUCUUGUUACAGGACAGUCAAACAAACAAACCUGAAUAUUGCAAAGAAAUAGAUGCAUGCAGCUUACAUGUAGCCAAUGAAAAAAAAAUUGUAGACUUUCCAAAUGCUUAUUUAAGUUCUGGAAAUAUAUUUGUUAGUUCCAUAAGUGGUUAUCAGUCUAUCACUUCACCACUGCAUAGCAGCACUUUUAUCAGUAAAGAUGGAGUAGUAAGUGAUGAUGGACGCUGCAGGAGUUGCUUAAGUGCAGACAAACAAAACCAAUAUGAAAAAAUUCAUGCCACUAUGCACGAUCUAUCCACAGGAAGUCCUACUGUAACAGAUAUAUACUUCCAAUUACAGGCUAAAGAAACAGUGUAUUUUUCUUUACAAGGAUAUACUCAGACAAAUAAGGCUGUCAGUUUAGAGACAGCAACUUGGAAACAACAUCUUGAAUAUGUAAAACAGGAAGAGAUAAGUGAUGAACAAAUGCAUGUAACUAAUGAAAGUCAAUGUGAGAGUGUAAUGAAUGACUUGAUUAUGUCAUAUUCAGAAGAUGAAUCCAAAACAUUCAUUGCUGCAGAAGAGAAAUUAAAAAUGCAUUUAUCUGUAACGAACAAUGGAUGUCUUGAAAACAUAAAAGAUGAGUAUUUACCUUUGGAAAAUAAAAUCACAUAUGAAUUUGAACUGAAGAGGAAAUUUGAUUUAGUGCUAGAAGAGCUACGUAUGUUUCAUGAAAUUAGCAAGGGAAACGAAAACAAUUUAUCUAGUGUGGAAACAAACUCACAUAACAUUUAUCGUGCGUUAAAUAAUUCUGAGGGGAUAGCUGAAAAUGUGGAAAGUGUUUAUGAAAAGAAAACAUGUGUUUCUUCUCCAGUCUGUGGUACUAUAGAAGGGCAAAACAUAACUGACAGUGAUGAAAGUUCAUUUAAUGAAAAAAUAUCACAUGAAAAUGAAGACCAAGAAGCACCUAAGCAGUAUUGCAUUUCAAGACUGCUAAGUGAAGAAUUGAUACAUUCACCUAUUGCAGAAGGCGACUUUGAUUCAGUUUAUAAAAUGCCAUACACAUGGGACCCUGCUUUUUCGUCCUGCAUGCUUUCGAGGGAACAAAAUUAUAAUUUACAGAAAGAGGGAGGAUACUUUCUGUCACGUGAAGUUGCAAGAGUACAGCCUCUUAAAACAUGCAAGGGCCCCAUCAGGAUUGGUCUGUCAAGAAAAGCUAGACCUCAGAAGCUUCAUCCUUAUCUGAAAUGACUUACUGGGUUCUCUUACCAGUCUUCUCAUGAAAACAUUCUGCCUGAAAACUGUUGAAAUGUUUUUAUGCUAAGUUGCUCUGUUGAUAGUUCAAUCUUUGUGCCUUAUGUUUUUUUUAGGUAUUAAUAUCAAGUACUUGUUCGUGAUUUAUUUAGGAAUUCUGUGAGUAUUUAAUAGCAAAGGGACUUAUGAUGAACGUUUACUAGUAGAAAUGUUAAUGGAAAGAUGGGAAUGUUUUAAAGUUUAUGUGAUAUUAAUAAAAA